AUGGGGGCAGAAGAAGGGUCUGAGAGCUUACAAAAUUUAACAGAUUUGGCCAAUUGCAAGCUAUUGGAUGCGUCUGUGCGAUCCAAAAUCAACAAAAUUGGAGAAAUUCACGACGAAAGUAGCCGUUUUAGGACAAAGGUUCUAGAGGAACAGUUCAAUAUUCUUAUCACUGAACGAUUAGUCGAUCCCGAAGUUCUUUGGAGGUUGUACAUCUAUGUAGGAGGCGGAAUUCUCAGAGAAAAUCUCGAUGAGUCAAUAUCUAAACUAUUUGCUUUGUAUCUUUUUGAGAGUGGGCUUAUCAAACACAGUCUGGCAGCACUUUUGGACAACUCAACGGUAGACGGUGUUAUAACAACCCUAUCAAACUCAUUCGUACCAAACAAAUCAGAGAUGGUUUCCUAUGAUUUUGCUAUCAGAGAUAUAAUAGAUGGUUUGUGCCAAAUUGAUCAGCUUGCAAUUGCCACUCAGUUUGCUACUAAUAUCGGGUUGCUCGAUGAACAGGCAGACGCCAUUUUUUCAGAGAUAAAUUUUGUGUCAGAUCUCAAAGAUUCAUGUUCCUCUAUAGAGCAUGCUUAUACAUUUAUAAAAGCUAACAGCAUUAGCAUUUCUGGACAAUCUCUUCCACUCCACUAUCCUCAAUUGCUGGUCUCAGAUCGUCUAAACAUCUGGUCCAGGUUGCAAAUUUUCACUUUUAUGACAACUUUGGAUGCAGGUCAUACUAAGAAGAUAUUUAUCAAAAAGCAGUUUAUCCAACAGUUUCUAUCUUCUGAUACUGUUUUGCGUAGAUUCAUAGAGAUGAAAGCAUUAACUCUCGAACACUUGGCCAGAGAGCCAAGAACGUCCCAGGUGUCAUUAAUUUGCGAUGCACUGGACAAUAUUUAUUAUGAACCAAAAGUUCAUCCCCUGAACUCAUAUUUUAGCAUUGAAUGUCUGUCAACCCUAUCAUCACUUGCAUAUGACAAACAUACAUUUUAUCUCGUUUGGAAUGCGUUUACGAGAUUUGAACGAAAAUUGGAGGGGCGACACAAGUCUAAAAAUCCAGCAAAGCACGAGACUGUCAUUUCUAACCGCGUUACCCAUGAAAGAGCGCUAGAAGGCUUCCUGCGAAGAGCUAUUGAUCUCAACCUUACAACAGCAUGCAGUGAUAUCAUAGUUCGAGGUAAUGGUAACUUCCCAGAAAAGAUGUUGAUUGAGGGAUUACUACGUCUAGUAUGGGCCAAGAAAAAGUCGUCUAAGUACCAGGAUGAAGCGUUAUAUUGUGAUCCUACAGAUGUCGAUACUGGUAUUUUAGAGCGUGCGAUCAAUGCAUGUCCUCAGAAGAGCCUGAGCUAUGUUCUCAGUGGAGUAUUGCACAAUCUAUCGCGACAAUUCCCAUUCACCAAGCCCUGCCCUGGACGUAUUCUAUGGAACCUGUUACUCUCAAUACAGAACGCAAAGUCAUUGAAAUACUUUCCGUCCCGAGUGGAAACCAAGAUAUCCUCCCUUAUUACGUCUCGGCCACAUUUGGAACAACUUAGAUACAUGGCCCUACCUAAGGUGACAAGCCGUGGUAUCAUGAUGACUCUGGAAGCCUAUGUUACCAAAUUAACACUUGCUCGAAAUGAACGAACUGUUAAUCCUGAGGCAUUAGAGAGCGAGGCUGAUGUGAAGCUCGUGUUAUCUGGACUUCUUUUAUUAAACGAGAAAGAACAACGUUACAAAGAAAGCUAUAGAAAACUGGUCCCAUCAAGCUCACAGGAUGAAAGCCAGGCUCUUGAGAAAUCUUGCCGAAAUCCUGAACAAGCAGACUAUUUCGGUAGAAUGAUUACAAACUUAUUCCGGGUUUGGAAUGAAAAAGAGGCCGUAGAUAUGCUUCGUAUUUUGCAAAAUCAAAAAGUUAAGCUUGCCGACAAUGUUGUAAUUAGCUGUUUAGCGAUGUUGCUUCAUCGAAAUAACUAUGCGCUUGCUCUGCAACUUUUGAGUAAUAUUGCAACUGUACCUCAUAAAGCAUAUUUUGAUUUUUUGAUUCACACAAGUAAAUCUUUUCCCAAGAUAUGCUUCAAGCUCAUGACGUGGCUCAAACACGAGAGAAAUAUUACCAUACCAUCGUACGUCAUUCGAAAGAUGAUUGUUGGGUUCUCCAACAGCAAUAUGCUCAAUGACUCCGAGAGCAACCGUCGUGUCGUCAGGCUUAUACAGAUUUUGAAAUUUAGAAGGGAAAGCUUAUCUGCCGAUGUUGCCCGUGAAGUUGUAAACAGCAUUCUAUUAAGGGCACUCAAAAAAGGAUGGGGAAGCCGGAAGAGGUUGACUUGGGCGCUUGAUUUGGCCAAAAAAGAAAACGUUCCUGAAUCUCAAAUAGAACAGUGGCAUAAAACGUUAGAAGGCAUGAAAAAAGAUAGACAAGGCUACUGGGGUGUGAAAUAUUACCAUCGUCCCAAAUUUUAUUAG